AUGGAUCUUGGAGUUCGGAUUCAAGGGUCGGUUUCUGGUCAUGAAAACGGGUCUCCGGGUCAAACAGAACUCGGAUCUGGUUUCGGAAACAAACAAGAAAGAUCCGGUUUUGACGGUGAAGAUUUCUUUAGGAGCUCGAAGCUUUCAAGAACAUCCAUAGAUGGAUUCUCUUCCUCCUCCGCUGCAGCUAAGAGUCUGUCGUUUCAUCAAGGCAUACCUCUCUUGAGAUCUACCGCUAUCGAUCCUCGCAGACAAGAACAUAUGCUUAGCUUCUCCUCUGCUUCCGACAAAUCAGAUGUCUCGCCGUAUCAUCAGUACGGUAGAAACUCAGGAUAUGGUUUAGGAGGAAUGAUGAACACAAGCAGCAUCCAUGGAAGCUUGAUGACAGGAAUUAAAGUACCUUUUUCAUUGACCCAAUGGGCUGAGCUAGAGCAACAGGCGUUGAUCUACAAGUACAUCACAGCCAAUGUCCCUGUGCCAACUAGUUUGCUCCUCUCUCUUAAGAAAUCGUUUUUUCCUUAUGGAUUCUUGCCUCCUAAUUCCUUUGGAUGGGGCUCUUUUCAUCUGGGAUUUUCCGGCGGCAACAUGGAUCCAGAACCGGGGAGAUGUCGCCGGACAGAUGGAAAGAAAUGGCGGUGCUCGAGGGAUGCUGUUCCCGACCAAAAGUACUGUGAACGACACAUUAACCGAGGUCGUCAUCGUUCAAGAAAGCCUGUGGAAGGCCAAAAUGGCCACAAUACUAAUGCUGCCUCUACUGCUACUGCUUCCAAGGCGGCGGUGCGUGGAGCAGAUAAUAACAAUAUUCUCGUUGGAACUCUUCAUCAUUCCAAUCCUUCUAUGGCUAGCAGAGUUCAAAAUGCUCAAGGGGCUUCGUUUUUUUCACCCACAAUGAACUUACAACCGAAGGAAACUCAUCUGAAACAAAGCAAUAAUCCUUUCGAGUUUGGACUCAUCUCCUCCGACUCCUUACUUGACCCGUCCCAUAAACAACCCUCCUUCGCAAACUCCUCCAAAGGCUUUGGGUCGUAUCUUGACUUCAGCAACCAAGCAAAGGAUUCCAAUGUUGAAUCUUGGACGGAAGAGCUGAAAUCGGAUUGGACUCAGCUCUCAAUGUCAAUCCCUAUGGCACCAUCUUCCCCUGUUCAAGAUAAACUAGCUCUAUGUCCUUUAAGGCUAUCACGUGACUUAGACCCUGCUAUCCACAUGGGGUUAGGCGUCCACACUGAGUUUCUUGAGCCUGCAAAAAAGGCAAAUAACUGGAUACCAAUCUCAUGGGGUAAUAAUAACUCCAUGGGAGGUCCUCUAGGUGAGGUACUAAACAGCACAACGAACAGUCCCAAGUUUGGUUCUUCUCCAACAGGCGUCUUGCAGAAGUCGACGUUUGGUUCUCUUUCUAAUAGCAGCUCAGGAAGCAGCACUGUCCUUGGUGAUAAUAGCAACAAGAACUGCGAUGGAAAGGAUCCUCUUGGCCCGACCACACUGAUGAACUCCUCUGCUUCUGCCCCGUCUCUGUAAAACAUGAAAAGUAGGACGAUGGCGAAAAAAUUUCAAAAACAUUCUGUUUUCUCUGUUUCUUUUUUCCUUGGUGCAUUGUUGUUGUUUUCGAUAUAAAGACAGAAGAAACAAAAGGAGAAAUGGACAUGACUUCUCUCCAUCUAUCUGAUUUCUUAGACCAUGGAUUUAUUGGUUCUCUAUCAUUAAAAUCUUGAUUUCU